AUGCCUAUCCUCAGCAACUGGAAUAAUGAUAUUAAAUUUAAGAUUUCAGAUAUUCAGACCAUUGUCAAACAAGCUUUUAAUAAAAAUGAACAUGUGGCUGUUAUAGGCGCCAUGCAUUCGACCACCCAAUGCAUGAUCAGUGCUAUAAGCGGUACACAUACUAAUAACAUCUCAAUGAGACGCUCUGCGCAGUUCUUCUUGUAUAUACUUAGUGUGAAGCUUGUCACGCCAACCGGCGAGAUCAUAGAAUUUUUGAAAUCACAGAAUAAAGAUUAUCUUCCUGCCAUUCACUCCUAUUAUGGUAUGCUAGGUGUCGUCUGCGAGGUCACCAUCCGUGUCUUUAAGACGCAGCCCGACUUCGCGGCGGAGCUGCAGACUCUGAAAGAUAGAUACGACCAGCAGUGCCGCAAGUUCUUAGAACCGGAGAUACUAAGACCGCUCUUCCUGGGGGUAUUUCUUAAUCUGAUUGAAAGCAAGAAUAUAAUGAUAAAGCUACACUCCUCGGCCGAAAUAGUUAUAUUUAUCAACUUCAUCCUGGUUGAUCUGCCACUGAAGAUCAUUCGUCACAAUUCUUAUAUCAUCAAUCUGUGUGACCGUGCCAUCCUCUGGGCUCAAGACGACCCGGAUUUUGAUUUGCUUCAUGGUGGAAUCCCGCAUAUUAAUAAGACACGCGAUGGGGCGAUCGGUAACUUUGCGAAUACCGGAGAUUCGGAGUGUAUUCGUCGCUUUCUUCAGAUAUGCAGGCAGCUUGACUCCAAGGACUUGUUUCUUAACAAUUAUUUCAAGAUAAUAUUCAGGAGGUAUCUCUAA